UGCGCCAGCGCCAUCCGACCCAGGCUCCUGCGGUGCUUCACAGUCUGGCUCCGGCGCCGCCCGUCGCGGUCUCGGUUCUGCUCAGCCCGCCUCUGCUCCUGCUCGGCGUCCGGGCUCCCUGUCCGCAGCCAUGAACGCUCUCCUCCCGAGUCGAGCCCGCUGUCUUCUAGAUUAGUCCCCGCUGCCGUCCCUGGACCGCCUGCACCAUGGAGUCGCCCGCCUCGAGCCAGCCUGCCAGCAUACCCCAGUCCAAAGGAAAAUCUAAGAGGAAGAAGGAUUUACGAAUAUCCUGUGUGUCCAAGCCACCUGUGCCCAACCCUACGCCACCCCGGAACCUGGACUCCCGGACCUUCAUCACCAUUGGAGAUAGGAACUUUGAGGUGGAGGCUGAUGACCUGGUGACCAUCUCGGAACUGGGACGUGGAGCCUAUGGGGUGGUAGAGAAGGUGCGGCAUGCCCAGAGCGGCACCAUCAUGGCUGUAAAGCGGAUCCGGGCCACUGUCAACACACAGGAGCAGAAGCGUCUGCUCAUGGACUUGGACGUCAACAUGCGUACAGUCGACUGCUUCUAUACUGUCACCUUCUAUGGAGCCCUCUUCAGAGAGGGAGAUGUAUGGAUCUGCAUGGAGCUCAUGGACACAUCCUUGGAUAAGUUCUACCGGAAGGUGCUUGAUAAAAACAUGACGAUUCCAGAGGACAUUCUUGGGGAGAUUGCUGUGUCUAUUGUGAGGGCACUGGAGCAUCUGCACAGCAAGCUGUCCGUGAUCCACAGAGAUGUGAAGCCAUCUAAUGUCCUCAUCAACAAGGAGGGCCAUGUGAAGAUGUGCGAUUUUGGGAUCAGCGGCUACUUGGUGGAUUCUGUGGCCAAGACGAUGGAUGCUGGCUGCAAGCCCUAUAUGGCUCCUGAGAGAAUCAACCCGGAGCUGAACCAGAAGGGCUACAACGUCAAGUCUGAUGUCUGGAGCCUCGGAAUCACCAUGAUCGAGAUGGCCAUUCUACGGUUUCCUUAUGAGUCUUGGGGGACCCCGUUCCAGCAACUGAAGCAAGUGGUGGAGGAGCCGUCCCCCCAGCUCCCAGCUGACCGUUUUUCCCCUGAGUUUGUGGACUUCACCGCACAGUGCCUAAGAAAGAACCCCGUGGAGCGCAUGAGCUACCUGGAGCUGAUGGAACAUCCUUUCUUCACCUUGCACAAAACCAAGAAGACAGACAUCACUGCUUUUGUGAAGGAAAUCCUGGGAGAGGACUCAUAGGGGGCAGGGCCUCGGACCCCACUCUGGCCCUCUAGUGCCCCACAGCCCCCUCUGCUGGAGCAGUGCUUGCCCACACCUAUAAGCUACUGCCACCCUGGCCUUGGGCAUUCCAAGAGGAAUCGAGGGGGCUGCUCCCAAGUGCCAAAGAACCAGACUGUCGGGGCCCCCCGCUGGGCCCAUGCGGGCCCCACCAGUGCCUCUGUCCUGCUGUUCCAAGUCUCCAGCCCUGAGGCCUUGGACUUGGAGGGGCCUGGAUGCCCCUGCCAGACGCUGCUGCCCCUCACAGAAGGCAUCCGGUGCUUGUGCACAGGCCACUGCCUUGGCCCAGCCCUGGAUGCCACCUGAGUUGUAUAUUUUUGUAUCUUUCGACUGAAUGAACUUUGCACACUUCAAGGGUGGCCACACAUCUCUCCCAGCAUCAGUAGAGGGGACAUGGGGAUGAGCCACAUGAGUCCUCCUGAUCCCCCUCUGAGGGAGAAGCCAGAGCCACUUGAGGCCUUCACCCAGCACUGGCAAAUGGCCUCUAAGGGGCACCAAGGACACUUAGCCUCUGCCUGCCACCUCUAGGGGUGUUGUUUCACUUUUUAAAAACAAAUUUGUCUUUUUUUUUCUUUUGCUUUGUGGGUUUGGCUGGUUUUUCUCGCAUGGUUUGGAGCCGAUAACUUUUCUGCCACUCCCUAGGGGACCAGCAAGCUGAGACCCACCCUCUCCACUCAGGCUGGAGUCUAGGAGGAUGAGCCCAAAGUCUCUGCUUAGAGAGGUAUUCUUCUUGGGGAUUGGCUUGACAGGGGCUAUAGAUUUGCUUUUGGUGUUAGAAAAGAAAAAAAUGUUUUGAAGGACUACCUGUUCUGGGUUCUAUCCCUGGUGGAUUGGGGCAGUUACAUGAUUGCUGUUUUGAUUUAAAAAAAAAAAAAAAAAAAACAGGUCAAAA